GUUGUGCAGAUCUAUAUGUACAAGUCUCAGAACUCUUUCCCAGAGAGGGCGGACUUGUCUAAGAACUUCGACGAGAGAGAGAGAGAUACAGAGGAGAAAGAGAGUUUUAGAGAGAGAAAGAUGGUUAGGGUUCGCGGUGGUGUUCUUCCGGUGCUGCUGAUGCUGGUAGCUUGCUUUGCAUUUCAGCAGCUAUCUGCUUCCGACGAUACGGUAUUUUACGAUUCGUUUGAUGACACAUUCGAAGGCCGAUGGAUCGUUUCUAGCAAAGAAGAGUACCAAGGUGUGUGGAGUCACUCAAAGAGCGAGGGACAUGAGGAUUACGGACUUCUUGUGAGUGAGCCUGCCAAGAAGUACGCAAUAGUGAAGGAGCUUGAGAAGCCUGAGAGUCUGAAUGAUGGAACUAUUGUCCUCCAAUUUGAGACUCGUCUCCAGAACGGGCUUGAAUGUGGUGGUGCCUAUCUGAAAUACCUUCGACCUCAGGAGGCUGGUUGGGAACCUAAGAUAUUUGACAAUGAGUCUCCUUAUUCGAUCAUGUUUGGACCUGACAAAUGUGGGCUCACAAACAAGGUUCACUUCAUUUUCAAGCACAAGAACCCCAAGAGCGGAGAGUACGUUGAACACCAUUUGACGACUCCACCCUCUGUUCCAGUUGACAAACUUACUCAUGUGUACACUGCCAUUCUUAAACCCAAUAACGAGUUGGUAAUUCUGGUUGAUGGGGAAGAGAAGAAGAAGGCGAAUUUCCUAUCGGCUGAUGAUUUCAUGCCACCUCUUAUUCCUACCAAGACAAUCCCUGAUCCAGAGGAUAAGAAGCCUGAGGAUUGGGAUGAGAGAGCCAAGAUUCAAGACCCAAAUGCUGUAAAGCCAGAGGACUGGGAUGAGGAUGCCCCAAUGGAAAUUGUAGAUGAAGAAGCAGAAAAACCUGAAGGAUGGUUGGAUGAUGAGCCUGAGGAGAUAGAUGAUCCUGAUUCCACGAAACCAGAAGACUGGGAUGAUGAGGAGGAUGGUGAAUGGGAAGCCCCAAGGAUCGAGAACCCAAAGUGUGUGACCGCCCCUGGUUGUGGUGAAUGGAAGAAGCCAAUGAAGAGGAACCCAGCUUACAAGGGAAAAUGGCAUGCCCCACUUAUCGAUAACCCCAGUUACAAGGGUGUCUGGAAGCCUCAGGAGAUUCCAAACCCCAGCUACUUUGAAGCUGACAAACCCAACUUUGAGCCUAUCGCAGCUGUCGGCAUUGAGAUCUGGACGAUGCAAGAUGGUAUAUUGUUUGACAACAUUUUGAUAGCGAAGGACGAGAAAGUUGCACAAACAUACAGAGAGACCGGUUGGAAACCAAAAUUUGAAGUUGAGAAAGAGAAGUCGAAGGAAGAGGAAGAUGUUCAAGGCACAGAUGGGUUCCUUGCCACCGUCCAGAAGAAAAUAUUUGACCUCCUAUACACAGUCGCAGAUCUUCCCUUCUUGAGUUCCCACAAGCCUAAGAUCGUUGAUCUCAUCGAGAAGGCAGAGGAACAACCAAAUCUCACCGUUGGCAUCCUUGUCGCGAUUGUGGUGAUCAUCUUCACUGUCUUUGUCAAGCUACUCUUCGGCGGAAAGAAACCUGCAAGAGUUGAGAAGAAAACCACCGGAGCCACUGCCGCUUCAAGCAGUGCAGCCGCAAAGGAAGACGAAAAGGAGAAGGAAGGUACUUCAUCUGAGAGUGAGAAGGAAGGAGCCGCUGCUCCUCGCAGAAGGUCGACGACCAGGCGUGAAAACUGAGGCGGAGAAGAGGGAGGAAGCUACCGAUGACGAUCACUUCCAUUAUCUUCGAAUUUUGAGCCUAGUUUUGUUUUUGUAGGUUAUUCUUGACCGUUGGCAAUAUUUUUCUUUUUCUUAUUUGUUUGUGUUUUUUAGCCUUUUGUGUUGAAACAGUUAAAGGCAUCAGGUGUGUAAAUGACGCAUUAAUUAAGCUGUGAUAGUUCCUUUCAAGUUUCCAAUGACCAAAACAAACAAUUGCUUUUACA